CGUUCAUAAAAUCAGCUUACUCGUUAAUGAAUGUACCAAAAGAUUUUUUUGAAAAAGCUUUUAGCGUUUGUAAAGAUUACUUAUAUGGGGUUUGGAAAUAUAUUCCUAAAGAAGAAUUUCUUAUCAAGCCUAUUAAUGGUGGCUUGACCAAUUACAUAUACCUAUGCGAGUUGCCACCCAGAUAUGAACUAAUGAGAAGAGAAAAUGAGCCAAAAAGGGUUCUCCUUCGUUUUUACGGUAUAGGUAAGUUAUCAUUGAACGAAGGUUCUAGUCCCGUCUUAAACCACCUCUCCGAAAAUUUGCUCUGCGCAAUAUUAGCUGAACGCAAAUUGGGACCAAAGUUGUACGGUGUUUUUAACGGUGGACGUAUCGAAGAAUACAUUCCAGCUCGGUGCCUUUUUAGAAAAGAACUUUUUGAUCCUACAAUUUCUUGCAAAAUAGCGGAGAAAUUGGCGAAAAUACACGCGUUGAAUACGUUGCCUUUUAGCAAAGAUCCCAAUAAAAUAUUCGAUAAAAUGUUCAAAUGGCUUCAAAUCUUCAUGAAAAAUUUGAAUAACCCUAAAUCUCCCACUCAUAAAAAUUCCGAGAAUGCCUCUAAAUAUGAUUGGACAAUAGAUGCUUGCCUAGAUAAAGAGAUCGAAUAUUGCAGGAUUCUUUCCAAAAAUUCUGAUUCUCCUAUUGUAUUUUGUCACUUCGAUUUGCAAGAAGGAAACAUUCUUAUACAUCGCCACCAACACUCCAUGGUUAAAGCUAUCAAGUCAACGAAACAUUCUGAAUCAAAUUUUAACAGUUAUAGCAAUAAUAGUAAUACCGAUGUUGAGAUCAAGCUAGAUUUUAUCGACUACGAAUACAGCGCAUAUACUUAUAGGGGUUUCGAUAUUGCGAACCACUUUUGCGAAUGGACUAUGGAUUACACAUUCAAAGAAUACCCGUAUUUUUCGCUGCAUUCUGAUAACUUUCCCACGAAAGAUCAGCAACGCCUAUUCUUGGAAGUCUACCUGCGCUCCUACCACGAAGCUGUUCGGUAUAACAAAACGCGCAGGAACAAACACGUGUACGCCGCAUCCGUUAAUAAAAACAAUUUUAAUUCCCUCAUUUCUUCCCCGCGUAUGAAUCCCGUUUCCAAAGAUCAUUAUAAUAAUGUGCCCGUUUCCAAAGAUCACUAUAAUAAUGUGCCCAAUAAAACGCCUUCGGAGGACGAUUUAUUCCAGGACCGUUACCAAAAUGGCUAUAAUUUGUUCAAUUUCGAUGACCUGGAAAAGGAAGUGAAUGGGAUAACUAAAGACGAAAAUUUGGGAACCAUUAAUGGAUCAAUCAAAAAAGAAGAUAAUGAGGUGGAAAUAAAUGAAAUGUUGGAAGAGGUGGACAUUUUCAUUUUGCUUUCUCAUCUCUUCUGGACCUUCUGGUCUUUGGUUCAAGCUGGUAACUCCAAAAUUCGCUUCGGCUUUGAAGAGUAUGCCGAAGUUAGGUUCAAAGAGUACCUAAGGGUCAAAGAUGAAUUUCAAAAAAAGAAGAAUAAAAUAAACGCGAAAUAAUUAGUUCUUCAUUAUAUGAAAAACAGCAUUUUUUACUUCAAGCACAUCACAAUUAUUUUAAAGCUCAGAGAAAAAAAGUGGUAGUUUUUUUAUUCCUGAAUUAACCCCCCCCCCCCACUCCCUCUUACAUUUUGCACCAAUUCUUUUUAUUAUAAACAUGUACACGAUUAAUUUAUUAAAAAUGCAGAUAUCACAAUCUUUAUAAAAAUAAUUUUAUUAUUAUUAACAUACUCACAUUUAAACAGGAAAAAUUUUACCCUCGGUUAAUUUUUAUAUUAUAUUUAAUUGUGUUAAUUUAAGACGAUGCAAUAUUCAAUCAUUUUUU